AAAUUUUGUGAAGAUAAAAAAAAUCCUACGAAUUUCGCGCCCAACCUCCCCUAAAAGCUCUUCUCCGUUAUUUUUAAACUUCGUUUAUUUUCGUUUCAUAAACGAAUCACUUCGCUGCCAUGGAAACGCCCGCUAAAACAUAAACAAAAUCUCUCUUGCCACUUUUGUGAUAUUUUUCCGGUUAAAAAUUAAAGAAUCUCGUAAAAAACAGCAGGAAUAAUUUGUAAAAUGAACACCACAUUCACGUCUUUCUUCAAAAUAGAUGGACUUCCCAUCCUACCUCCUCUGAUGACGGAAGCUGUGAGGAUGGAAAUGAGGCAGUAUAGAAGCCAGGCAAUUAAAUUGGAGGAGCGCUUGAAGCACAUGAAGGAGCUGGAAAGAGGUAAUAGUAACACAAGUGUCUUGGAGGUAACUCAAGAAAAUCCGGAUGAUGCCUUAGGGUACGUUACCUGCAAAUCUUUUGGAUCAAUAUCAGAUUGUGUGCCUGAAGUGGAGGCUGUGUCCAAUGAUAGAGAAUCUCCGUGGUUUGUUCCUGCAUCUGAGGACAGAAAGACAAGUAGAGGAUCUGAUGAUCUCGUUCUUGAGGAGCUGGCAUCAAAUCUAUCAAUUUCUGAACGAUCAAUUCCACUAGAGGAAGUUAACGGUAUUGCAAAAAGUGCCUCAGAAAUUCUCAAGUUACUCCCGGAAAAUAAUGAGCAGGAAGAAAUGCCUUUACCACGGCUGGUGAGAUCAAAUUCAUACACUUUGGAUGGUCCAAGUCCGCACCUUGUUGACUUGUUGAAACCACCAACUGUGAAAUCGCUUCCUAAUAGAGUUCCUCCUACCAAAAGUCCCGUUGAUUUGAGGAAGGUAAAGAGCAAAGUGGACUCUCGGCUGGUGUUUUCCAAAUCCAAGAAACUCGCACCAAAAAUUGGAAGUAGAAAACUUUCUGGAAGCACUUCUUGCACACAAAAUUGCAAAUAUCCACGAUCUUCUUCUGCUUUGGGAAAAAUGAAGUCUUUAAAAGGAGCUAAGAAGGUGGGACAGAAGAUAAAACCCAAAGAUGAUGUCAAAACUGUUUCUCCGGAACAAGCAAAGAAACCCCCGGAAACAUCUAUUCCUCAAAAUCAAACCGAUAUAUCGGAAUUUCUCUCAAAGAUUGAAGCAGAACACAAAGUCCGGAUGCAAGAAUUAUUGGAAAUUCAACUUGAAGAACAAAGAAAACUCCGUGAGAACUUCAAUGAACAGCAAAAACUUCUUGUUGAGUCGCUGAGGAAAACAUUCCCGGAAGUUGCAACGCCACAGGAUUCUAAUGGGAAUGACACCACAGCCACAAGUUUAACUCUCGAUGGUGGUGACAGUGAGUGGACAAAUGGGGAUUGCGAGAGCCUUCCGAUGUUGAGUACAAGAGCCCCGAAAAGUCAACGAAACUCCUUAGAUCACGUCACGCAGAUCUUCCUGAAGCAGCAUCUCACUCAAGUGCGUCAGGAGGUUGAUCCUCUUUCGCCACGGAGUGCAAAAGCCGCUUCGGUGAUCAACGCGCACGUCCGAGGCUACCUAGUGAGGCGCCUAUUGCGCACAGAAGCUGUCCAGCAAAUCAUUCAGACAUUCCACGAUACACGUCUUUUUCUCAUUGAGCUCCAUCGGGAUUCACAGAAUAAAAAUUCCAAUCCCACCGAUAUUGAGCUCAAGAGGAGACUUCUGCAGCAGUUGAGUUCCUCACUUGGAUCCCUCCAUGGAGUUUUCUUCCAGCUGCCGGUUAGCGAGAGAAUGGAUAUCAUUGCAAAGGAUCGUGAGAAUCUCCGUUUGCGCCUUCAACGAGCCACUGAGCGUCGCUUCCUGGAUUCCCGGAAGAGUCAGCAGCAAAUGAGUAAAAUGAAGAUCGUCACGUUGUAAGUGUUGCCUUUUAGAUCACGUAUUUCCUCCCCGUUUCUCAUUUACAUAAAUAUUUUGCUCUCUUAAUUUCAAUCCCCCCUCUAGAUUUUCCAUUGAAAUUCCAUAAAAAUUUGAAUGAAAUUGUUAUUUAAUAAUAAAUUUGGGGAAUUAUUUUUCACACCAAA